CGCACGCGUCCCCACGGCGACCGCGCAGCUGCGGCUCGUGCGCGCUCUGAGUCACUUGCGACAGCAGGGUGAGUGAUGGCGAGGCCUGGGGUUACCGGAUGGAACGACCCAGCAUCUGGGGACCACCACCUGAGGCGGGGACUUGCCUGUGGGUGGACAUCAGCGGAGGCCGCCUUGCCUCUCUGCCCCCUCUGGGCGCUUCAUCCGCAGAACUAGUGUAACACCCAAUGGCUGCCACCCCCAGCGACUCCUAACCACGAAGCGAAGACUCACUGUCGGCCUCCGGCCUUGACGGAGGCCGGGAGGGCGGGGGCGGGGGGCGACCCACGCCUCUGGGACUGGGCCUCGUUCCGCGUCCCCGUGACCCAGUGACCCGAUUCGCGGCCCUCGAGCCACCUGGGCGCCAGAGGGGUUUUUCUGGCUCCAGUCAUUUAAACCUGCCUCCGUGCUGUCCAUCUGGAGAAGAGACGUGGGCCGCUGGCGCUGCUGUCCCCGGUGCCCACAGCGUCGGGCUACGCACAGGUGCCCACCUCUGUCUCCUAGGAGUGGUGGGCACCGUAUCCCCGCACUGCUCAGUGCUUGGCACCGAUUAACCACCGGAAUACCGGGAUACCUAUCACAGGCAGGAUACCGACCUGGUCUCAGGGAACUGGGUGGAAGGAAGGGAGACAAACCUGCGAACCCACAAUUACAACCCAGGGCGCUAUGGGAGCCCAGCUUAAAAUGGAUAAGGAGUGACACAAGGAAGAAGGGUUGAAAGAGGGCACGGGCUGGCACAUCCCAGGAAUUCACUCCGCCUAUUUGAGACACACCCGCUGGAGAAGUUUCCUCUGUUUCUUCCCAGCCUGUUUUGGGUCUAAGCUGGCAGAGAUGGACUAUCCAAAACCCCAGGUCCUCCCAGCCCGGCACCGCUGCCCCUCCUUGGGAAAGCAGGCCUGGGAGGCCGGCAGCAUGAGGUUCUCUGUGCCACCCUCCAUCAGAAACUCGGCCAUGGUGAACGAACCCGGAGGGCAUGGCAGCCUCAACCUCCGCUCGGAGGGCAGCGGCAGUGGCGGUGAGAGCUCCAAGGAUAGUUCGAGAUGUUCCACACCUGGCCUGGACCCCGAGCGGCAUGAGAGACUCAAGGAGAAGAUGAGGCGGAGAAUGGAAUCUGGUGACAAAUGGUUCUCCCUAGAGUUCUUUCCUCCUCGGACUGCUCAGGGAGCUGUCAAUCUCAUCUCGAGGUUUGACCGGAUGGGGGCAGGCGGCCCCCUCUUCAUAGACGUGACCUGGCACCCAGCAGGAGACCCUGGCUCAGACAAGGAGACCUCCUCCAUGGUGAUCGCUAGCACUGCCGUGAACUACUGUGGCCUGGAGACCAUCCUGCACAUGACCUGCUGCCAUCAGAGCCGGGAGGAGAUCACAGGCCAUCUGCACAAGGCCAAGCGGCUGGGCCUGAAGAACAUCUUGGCGUUGAGGGGAGACCCCAUAGGUGACCAGUGGGAGGAGGAGGAAGGAGGCUUCUGCCACGCCGCAGACUUGGUGAAGCAUAUCCGCAGCGAGUUUGGUGACUACUUUGACAUCUGUGUGGCAGGUUACCCCACAGGCCACCCCGACGCAGGGAGCUUUGAGGCCGACCUGAAGUACUUGAAGGAGAAGGUAUCUGCAGGAGCCGACUUCAUCAUCACCCAGCUUUUCUUUGAGGCUGACACAUUCUUCCAUUUUGUUAAGGCUUGCUCCGAGAUAGGCAUUACCUGCCCCAUCCUUCCUGGAAUCUUUCCUAUUCAGGGUUACCACUCCCUUCGGCAGCUGGUGAAGCUGUCCAAGCUGGAGGUGCCACAGCAGAUGAAGGACGUCAUCGAGCCCAUCAAGGACAACGACGCUGCCAUCCGCAACUACGGCAUCGAGCAGGCCGUAAGCCUGUGCCAGAAGCUUCUGGCAAGUGGCUUGGUGCCGGGCCUCCACUUCUACACCCUCAACCGCGAGAUGGCCACCACAGAGGUGCUGAAGCGCCUGGGCAUGUGGACCGAAGACCCGAGGCGUCUCCUGCCCUGGGCUGUCAGCGCCCACCCCAAGCGCAGGGAGGAAGAUGUGCGUCCCAUCUUCUGGGCCUCCAGACCAAAGAGCUACAUCUACCGCACCCAGGAAUGGGAUGAGUUUCCCAACGGCCGCUGGGGCAACUCCUCCUCGCCAGCCUUCGGGGAGCUGAAGGACUACUACCUCUUCUACCUGAAGAGCAAGUCCCCAAGGGAAGAGCUGCUGAAGAUGUGGGGGGAGGAGCUGGCCAGCGAGGAAAGCGUCUUCGAGGUCUUCGUCCGCUACCUCUCGGGGGAGCCCAACCAGAAGGGCUGUAAAGUCACUUGCCUGCCGUGGAAUGACGAGCCCUUGGCGGCCGAGACCAGCCUGAUGAAGGAGGAGCUGCUGCGAGUGAAUCGGCGGGGCAUCCUCACCAUCAACUCCCAGCCCAACGUCAACGGGUUGCCAUCUUCUGACCCGGUUGUGGGCUGGGGCCCCAGCGGGGGUUAUGUCUUCCAGAAGGCCUACCUGGAGUUCUUCGCCUCCCGCGAGACGGUGCACGCGCUUCUGCAGGUGCUGAGGAAGUACGCGCUGCGCGUCAACUACCACAUCGUGGACGUGAAGGGUGAAAACAUCACCAACGCCCCCGAGCUGCAGCCCAACGCAGUCACUUGGGGCAUCUUCCCUGGGCGAGAGAUCAUCCAGCCAACGGUGGUGGAUCCUGUCAGCUUCAUGUUCUGGAAGGACGAAGCCUUCGCCCUGUGGAUUGAGCAGUGGGGCAAGCUGUAUGAUGAGGAGUCGCCAUCUCGGAUCAUCAUCCAGUACAUCCACGACAACUACUUCCUGGUCAACCUGGUGGACAAUGACUUUCCGCUGGACAACUGCUUGUGGCAGGUGUUAGAAGACACAUUUGAGCUUCUCAACACACCCAGCUCGGAUGAGAGGCAGCCGGAGGCUCCGUGACCCUGCACUGACAUCCUUAGCGUAGGCCGGUUGUGUCCUGCCUUCCUCUCCAGUCCUGGCUCUCUGGGGACCCUCAUUCUCUUUCACUUCUCCCCAAGCCCUGGCCUCUACUCUCCCACAUGAUGAUGGCAGCUAGACUGGUGUGAGGCUUGCAGGCUCUGGCCGGACCUGAGCCCCACACAAGAGCCUGGUGUUCCCUGCGGAGCUGGGAGGUUUUGCUCUCUUGUGAGGAGCACCUCCAUCCUGCAGAGGACUGUGCUGGGUGGAGUAUUGUCCUCCCUGAGAAGGGAAGGAGGCUGGUUAUUGCUGACUGAGCCCUCGCACCAGGCAGCCACUAGGAGCUGGCCUGGGACUGCCAGUGACCUUGUACUUGGGCCUGUGAAGGACAGACAAAGCGAACACGGGCAGCAGGCACUUGAGGAGGUGUGGAAAGGCUGGAGCAAGUCGAAGGCGCUGCCCCCUUCCACCUCCAAGACGUUGGCAGCUGGGCACUUCCUGCCUGUGACUAAAGCAGCAGACACUGCCCUGCCCUGGGUGGGUCUGGGGCUGAAACCUAAUGACAAGCAUUUCUUGCUGCCUUCCACCCGAGAGCUCAGCUGGGUUUCUACCUUUCGAUGAUGCUGCUUUCUGAAACAGCUGUCUCUGUAUUCUGGUGGCUCAAGAAAGAAUCUCUUAAGAGUUCAAGGUGUCUGAACCCUUGUGACUGAU